UUAGUUUUCUGGCACUGCGCUGUUUAGCAGUUGCUUCCUAAACUUGAAGAGCUGGGAAAAUAUUUGCUGUGAAAGGCUGAUGCUUUCAGUUGCCCUUAGCCCAGAGCUUAGUAGCAGCUGGGGGAGGGCUGUACCUAUAUAAAUAAAUAACUCUAUUCCUGAUGGCAGAAGACUGAAUAAGGAUGAAGAGCAGGCAGCACAGUGCCCCCAUCUCCUGUACCAGCUACAAAACACACCCGUAAAGUCAAGCGAGUACAAACUUCAGCACCCAUCACUGCAUGGAAAGAGAUGCUAUGUUAUAACAAGGGGCAGUAUGACAGGCAUGGAGAUAAAUAGCAAGGAUUCUCAGCACUGUUGAAAAGGUGAUAAUAAUACCAUGCUAUGAUAAUAACUGGGGAUACUGCAAAGAGUAUAGGUUGGUUUACUUAACAGAAUUGCACUACACGGACCUGCAGCUAAAGGAAUAACGUUAUCUGUGUGAGAGGCUUUACAUGGGAGCUUGGAUACAACUUGGCUCUUGUUUCAUCUGCAAGUAAUUGGAUGAACAGAGAGGCCCUGAGGAGGGAGAGAGUGUUAAGGGAGGAAUUUUAGGUUCUGUUAUCCAUUGGUACCUGCUAUACCCCAAACAGGAAAUAAAGGCUGGUGGAAGGAGGGAGCUGUGGUCAGUGGGUGUUUGGAAUGGCAACUGGCAGCAUCACUACUCUGCCAGGAGUGCCAGAGGAUGGGGGAAGUAGCCCAUUCCCUCCAGGGAAUUUUAAGGAGCCCAAGAGACUAUACUGCAAGAAUGGGGGCUACUUCCUGAGGAUCAACUCUGAUGGCAGAGUGGAUGGAGCCCGGGAGAAGAGUGACUCUCACAUUAAAUUGCAGCUACAGGCAGAAUCUCUGGGUGUGGUAUCAAUCAAAGGAAUUAGUGCAAAUCGCUACCUUGCUAUGAAAGAAGAUGGCAGAUUAAUAGCCUUGAAAUGUAUAACAGAUGAAUGCUUCUUUUUUGAACGACUGGAGGCCAACAACUAUAACACUUACCGUUCUCGGAAAUACAGUGACUGGUAUGUGGCACUAAAACGAACUGGACAAUACAAAAAUGGAUCCAAAACUAGCCCUGGGCAGAAAGCUAUAUUAUUUCUUCCAAUGUCGGCAAAGAGCUGAUCUCUGUGGACACUUGUAAUCCGUCACACAAAACACUAUUUUUUUCUUUUCAGAAUGCAGUAAUACCAGCAUAUGUUUUCAAUUAGUAUUACAUGUGAUUGUGAUCCAGAAUGAUUAAGUACAACUGUAUAAUCCAGUAACUCAUGCAAAAAAGAAAAGUCAAAUAGCACAGUAACCUAAACUUUUAUCAUUUAUAUGUGCAGCAAA